AUGGAUUAUUAUUAUUCUAAAGCAACAUGUUUGGUGAUAGUGUUCUUUGUUUGUUUCAAUUGCAAAUUCAAUCAUGCCUCUAACCCUAAUCUUUCAAGAGAAGAAGACUUGGAGAUUGAAAGACAACUCAAACUUCUCAAUAAACCAUUCAUCAAAACAUACAAGACGAAGGAAGGAGAUAUCAUUGAUUGUGUCGACAUCAACAAACAACCUGCCCUCGAUCAUCCUUUACUAAAGAAUCACAAAGUUCAGACUCUGCCAAGUGAAUUUGUAUCUAAAUUGUUCAAAGAAGAUUCGUCUCAAUCAAACAAUGGGAUACUCACAAGUAAUAACAACAAUGGAGAAGGUUGUCCUGUUGGAUUUGUUCCUAUUAGAAGAACAUUGAAAGAAGAUCUAAUUAGGUUAAAAUCUCUAUCAUCCAACAGCAAAAACCAACAAUCAUCGAUGAAUCCAGAAGAUGAUGAUCUAUCUGGUGAUUCUUUUUACGACGCCGUCAGAUUUCCUUACUAUCAAAAUGUUGUUUCUCAUUCGUUGAUAAAAGCACAAUAUUAUCAUGGAGCCAAAGCUCGAAUUGCUGUGCACAAUGUGAGUUUGAGUGACAAUGGUCAAUCUUCUUCGGCUAACAUAUGGGUUCUUGGUGGCUCUGAUGAUUCUCUUAAUGUUCUUAUGGCUGGUUGGCAGGUGAAUCCAGCUGUAAAUGGUGAUAAUCUCCCUCGAACCUUCGUGUAUUGGACGGUUGACACAGGUGUUACAACAGGAUGUUACAAUAUGCUAUGUCAAGGAUUCGUGUUGGUAAAUCCAAAUAUUCACGUAGGCAGUAGUAUUCUUCCAGCCUCCAUCUAUCAAGGACAACAAUAUGACUAUCAAUUUAGUAUCGUCCAGGCUAUAGGGCAUUGGUGGGUUCGAGUAGGUGAUAACCAAGUGGGAUUAGGAUAUUGGCCAAACGAGUUGUUUCCAAAUCUACUUAGGGGGGCAGAUCAAGUUGCAUGGGGAGGCAGUGCACAGCCUACACUAUAUGGUGAUGAAAGCCCUCCAUUGGGAAGUGGGCACAAGCCAAAUGGUAAACCCGAUGAAGCCAUUUUCGUUAGGAACAUACAAUACAUAGCACCUAACUACAUACUCUCAAUACCCACUUUGAACAACACAAUAAAUUAUGUGAGUAACUCUUCCUGUUAUGAUUUGAUCUCUAAUGAGAAUUGUAGUUUUGAUCCCUUCAAAUAUUGCUUCACUUUUGGAGGCCCAGGUGGGCAUGGUUGUGAAGCCUCUACUACUUAA